AUGAUUAUCCUACUGGCAGCCGUCUUCUUCGGCUACACCCUGCUACGGCUGUGGAUGCUCAUUGCCCGCGGAGACCCGCCGGAUGUUCCCAGAGCCCUCGACCCGCGCGGAUAUGCCGUUCCCCGCAAUCCCAUACGCGUGGUUAUGGCCCAAGACGAAGAGGCCGUGGGCGUUGAGAGCGAGACGAUGACGAUGAAGCCGCCUGCCUACGGACUGUGGCGGGAGAGUGUGCGUGUGGACCCCAACCGCUUCUUCUGGCAACGCAACGAAGCUGCUGAGCCCGCUCCUCCUCAGACUGCGACGGGACCGAGGCCGCCGUCUUACGCCUCUGAUGACGGAGUAUCCUAUGUGGUUGAUGCCGUGCCUCGGUCCACUGCUCCGUCGUCAUCAGGAGAGCAACAGCCGGUACAUCCCUCGGAACGGGGGCGGGCUGGCCAGCCACCUCCGAACUAA